AUGGCUGUGCUAAUCUGGCUCAACAUUUCCCUCUCCGUGCUCAUGCAGACGCUCCUGGGCCAGCUGCUCGUCUACUUGCUCUCCAGUGACAAAAUCGAUGCCGUUGUGGGCGUCCUCUUUAACGUCAUGUUCCUGCUUUUUGCUGGGUUCAACCCGCCUUGUAACGGGGCACCCUGA